GCCACGCCCGCGACGAAGACGUGCCCGCCAUGGCCGCCCUCGACGUCGCCGCCUUCCUCGACAGCCCCAUGCACAAGGCCAUGUUCCCCAAGCGCCUGCGCAUCAAGCCCGGCAUCCAGGACCAGCUGGAGUGGAACAUCUUGCGGAUGCGCAGGGGCCUGGCGGAUGCGAAUCUGCACCAUCUCGUCGUGCUGGCCGACGCGCCCGAGGAAGGGGAGAUUAUCGUCGGAUGCGCCGAGUGGUCGGCGCCGGCAGCGGGCGCGGGCGAGUACGAGGAGGACGAGGGCAAGACUGCGGAGGAGAAGGCCAAGGACAUGGAGUUGAGGCUGGCGAGGCUGCCGCCGUUUUUGGACAAGGGAGCCUUGCUGGAUGCCAAUGACGAAGUCAUGGAGUUGAUUGAAAAGUCCAAGGAGGCGUUCAAGGGGGAGAACCGGCACAACAUGUGGACCCUCAACUCCAUCUCAGUAGACGGCGACUAUCGAGGCAUCGGCAUCGGCAAGAUGAUGACACGAUGGGGCAUGGACAGGGCAGACGAAGACAAAAAGGGCAUCUGGAUCAUCUCAUCCUCCCUGGGCCAGCAGCUGUAUAAGUCGCUGGGAUUCAAGCAGGUUGCCGAGGGCUCAAGACUGGGCGAGCCGCAGUAUCUCAUGCUCAAAUUUCACGAACCCAAGCAAGAGCCCGCGCCUGAGCCCGACCUUGUGCCCGAGCUGGAGCCCAUGGUGGUUCCUCAGCCUGUGCCUGUUCUUGAACCCGUGCCGGUGCCGGUGCCUGUGUCUGUGCCUGAGGCUAUACCCGAGCCUGGGCUAAAUGGGGUGAGCACUACGGCGUAAACAAGCAUCAACGGAGGAAUAUGGAAAUUUUGGAAUAGGUUGGACUUUGGAUCGGUAGAAAGGCGUUGGUUUUGAUGGUUGAUUUCUUUCAUCUUUUUGGCAUUUUUGCAUACCGUAGAUAGGAUUCCAGCACAUGCUAGGCUAGGUAGUUUUGGGCGUAUAGUUUCAGCGUCAGCGUAUUAUAACAGCAGGUUGAAAAGUUGAAUAUCAUAAUUGUCCGCGUGUUUAUACAAUAUAGAUGCAAGCCGUCUACCUUCCCAUGGCUUCCUUUUUUCGCACCAUCCAUGCAGUGUUGGGAUACACCUGGCCCCGUAUCAUACAGACCACGUAAUGUACAUCAAAGGCAAUCCCCAUUGAUUCCGCCGAUUGCCUUUGUUUUAUUGCUCCCUCUAUGUCUCCAAACACCGUAUUUUUGUCUUGUUCAUCUUUGCUUCUUCCUCCAUUACUUUAUUCAUUUCUGCUCCUUCUGUUCGCUAGCCACUCUAGGGACUGAGCUCUCUACCAGCUUGACGCCAGGCAGGUUGUCUGUCUCAGCGGCAUCAGAGUGGCGGCCCUGAGCAAGCUUGGCUUCUCGGAGUUGUUGUCGGUCUUCCUCAUCAACGGGUGCGGCGGGGACUUCGGAGGGUGCAGCCUUUGCGGCGGGAGCAGCAGCAGCUGCGGCGUCACCGGCCUCGGCCUCGGCCUCUUCGUCUUCAAGCUCGGAGCCGUAGAUUUCGGGGUACUGUCGGAAACACUCUUGCAUGCCCUGGAACUUGUCAAUGCAGUCCAUGCCCUUUGGCUCCUCGGUAGAGUAGACGAAGCAGCUAAAGGCAGUCUUGAACUCCUCUCCGCAAGGACCAUGCGCCAUGCCACCCAGGCAGGGGCAGUCCCAGUUGAUCUCUCCAGUUUCAGGGUUGAAGGCUCCCUCCUGGCUGGCCUCCUCUUCUAGGGCAUCGGCAGAUCCGCCAAAGCCAACAGCGCUCUGGGCGGGAGCUUCUGACUUGUCGUCGGUCUUGACGGCCUCGGUCUUGGCGACAGCCGGCUCGGCAGCCUUGGGGCUAGCAUCCUUUCGCUUCUUCUGGUCGAUCAAUGCAUCGACGGUGGGCAGCUCGUUUUCGGUAUAUGGCGCGGGAAUGGGCAGGGCGUGAGCCUCGACCUCAUCCGCAAAUACGGAGCUUGUGUUAUAGUAGUAGACACCGGCAACCGCCAAACCCCAUCGAAGCGCAGAGCUCUUCCAUGAUCGAGAUCUAUCCGCAGGAGCAGUUGAGGCAAAUCGCCGAGGGGCCGUCCGGAUGGCGGCGGUGCGCAAAGUGCUGGCAGCAGGCCG